CCUGCCGCCCUCCGCUCCCCGCGCCGCUCCGCUCCGAGGUUACUGCAUGGAACAGUGCCUCAGAGAAAAAGCAAGAAGCUGAAGGUCUGCGGAAAACCAAAUCCUGCGGUCUUCAGAAAUGAGGAGAGAUGCAGCCUUCUGAAGUGGUCAUGACCCCCAGACAAGUCUUCCUGUCAGUGCUCAUGUUUGGGGUCGCAGGGCUGCUCCUCUUCAUGUACCUGCAAGUCUGGUUUGAAGAACAGCGCACAGGGAGAGUGGGGAAGAGAAGAGAACAAAGAGCGACUUCAGGAUGGGGACCUACACACUACUUGCGGCCUCUACCCAGAAUCAUGACUAGAGAAAAAAUCCAGGAAUAUAUCACCAACCAGAACCCCAAGUCCCACAUGCCCAGGGAUCGCAAGGAGAAAACAGAAAAUCUCCUACUCCACUCUGAGAAGCCCACUCGGGUCUUAACGGAGACCAGCCACCCACAAGGUGAGGCACGAGCCUUGAGUAGGACCACAGGGUCACCAACAGUUAAGUUGACUGAAAGACAUCAAGGGACUAAUACCCUUUUCAGGAAGUUCAGCGAAAUGAAGUGGCCAAUGGAUGUUCGCCCUUUAAACAAAAGCUUAGUCAGUGAUGGCAAAUGGAAGAGAGCUGAUGCAACUCAAGAAAAACGCCGGUCUUUCCUUCAGGAAUUUUGCAAGAAAUAUGGCGGGGUGAGUCGCCCUCAGUCACAUCUUUUUCACAUGGUAUCCAGGAUCUAUGUGGAAGACAAACACAAAAUCUUAUAUUGUGAAGUGCCGAAAGCUGGCUGUUCCAACUGGAAGAGAGUUCUGAUGGUACUCAGUGGCUUGGCUCCCUCUGCGGACAACAUCUCUCAUGAUGCUGUUCACUAUGGGAAGCAUUUGAAAAAGCUCGACAGCUUUGACUUAAAAGGGAUUCAUAUUCGUUUAAACACCUACACCAAAGCUGUGUUUGUUCGUGAUCCCAUGGAAAGGUUAGUGUCAGCAUUUAGGGACAAAUUUGAACACCCCAAUAGUUACUACCAUCCUGUGUUUGGGAAGGCAAUUAUAAAGAAAUAUCGGCCGAAUGCCUGUGAGGAAGCAUUAAAUAAUGGCUCUGGAGUCAAAUUCAAAGAGUUCAUUCACUAUUUGCUGGAUUCGCACCGUCCAGUAGGCAUGGACAUCCACUGGGAAAAGGUCAGCAAACUCUGCUAUCCGUGUUUGAUCAGCUAUGAUUUUGUCGGAAAAUUUGAAACUUUGGAAGAAGAUGCCAAUUACUUUUUACAGCUGAUUGGAGCUCCAAAAGAGCUGAAAUUUCCCAACUUUAAGGAUCGACACGCUUCUGAUAGAAGAACCAAUGCUCAGGUGGUGAGACAGUAUUUAAAGGAUCUGACUCAAACUGAGAGACAAUUAAUCUAUGACUUUUAUUCCUUGGACUACUUGAUGUUUAAUUAUACAACUCCGUUUUUGUAGGUUGCGUUCAUUUUCUAACAUCCUGUACUUGCGUCGUGAUGAGGGCCUGAAAUCAGCUAGCUGUAAUUUUCCUAUAGUUCUCUGUAUGAGAGAAAUUCAACCAAGUGCUGUUGUCUUGAUUUAAUGACGAUGUCUACCAAAUAGUAUGAAACCAACUGGCACAAAGUUAUAGGAAAAUUACCUAACAGAGACCUGCAGACAACUCCAGUUGCUCUAAAAUGUUUGGAAAAGAGCCACUUUUGCGGUAUGGAUUGUGUUAUAGAAGCAGUAACCUAGCCAGCUGCUACGUGAGCUACAGCAGCCUCGUGCAGCUCUAGGAAGGGGGGUCUGAAAUAGCAUGAGCGUGUGUCUCCAUUCUGGGCUGUGUUGUCUGAAGUGCAUGGAGAUACUGUUAGCAGUUUGCGGCAUAUGAAUCAAAUAUCGGAUGGCUUUCUUAGACCCUUGGAAAUCUUUCUAUCAGCUGUAAUGAUAAACAAAUUUCAAAAUGGUAUUUUGGACCUGAGCAUUUUACUUUAGAUUGGAAGGCAUCAUAUGAUUUACAAUAUGAGAAUAUAGCAGAAAAACCAGAUGAGGCUGUGGCUUUUAAUACUCAACAGCCAAUUAAAAAAAAAGCACCACAUGCUAAGAUCAAAGCAACAAAGGCAACCUUCCUGUUCCAGAAAAACUUCAGGGAAUUAAUUGUGUCUUCUUCUGAGCUCUCUUUGCAGAGAGAAAAUGAACAUAACUUCACUUCUGAAGCAGGCGGUGGAGAAGUUUAAGCCCCAUUGGAUAGAAAUGUGCUCCUAAU